AUGCCUGAGAUGAGCGAGAAAAAGGGCUUCCUAAUGGAAAGCCAGCAAGGCGAGGAAGAUGGGCUGACCCUAAGACAGAAGAGAACUCCAAUAAACCCAUUCUGGUGGCUGCUUCUCUGUAUCAUUGUUACUACUUCUUGGUUGACGCGGUCGCAUCAUCCCUGUUUUCACCUCAGUAUCGAGCAAAGGGUGCAAAAGAUCCUGUCACAGACCCCUCUGAUUGAUGGUCAUGAUGACUUCCCUAUCUUCGUUCGAGAGGCUUUCCAAAACCGUAUAAACCAUCGCAACUUCACGGAGCCUUUUGUCAAUGGGACAUUGCCUGGCCAUGUUGAUAUCCCUCGGCUGAGACAAGGUCGAGUGGGUGGUACCUUUUGGAGCGUUUUCGUGCCGUGUCCUAAGAACGGGACUGAUCUCUCCGAUGAGAACUAUGCCGCAAGCGUGCGCGAGACCAUGGAGCAAGUUGAUGUCAUGGAGCGGGUUCAGCAAGCCUACCCUGAGGUAUUCUCAACCCCGCCCAAUGGCACCACUGCCAUGUCCGCUUUUCGCGAGGGAAAGAUAAUCUCGCCACUCGGAAUUGAGGGAUUGCAUUCGAUCGGGAACUCACUUGCUCACCUCCGCAUGUUUUAUGAGUUAGGAGUCUCAUAUGCGACUCUCACCCAUAAUUGCCAUAAUAAGUAUGCCGACGCUGCCCUUCUCGAACUUCCAGGCGGCGGAAUCAAAAAGGCAGAACCUCUCUGGCACGGUGUUAGCGAGGAAGGCCAGAAGCUAGUUUUCGAGAUGAACCGUCUUGGGAUGAUCGUUGAUCUAGCCCAUGUGAGCACGCAGACUAUGCGAGAUGUUCUGGGCGCUGGUAAAUCAGAAUGGACCGGGAGUCGUGCUCCUGUGAUUUACAGCCAUAGCUCUGCCUAUGCUAUUUGUCCCCACCCACGCAACGUGCCCGAUGAUAUCUUGGAGUUGGUCCGGGAGACCGACUCUUUGGUGAUGGUCAACUUUUCACCAGACUUUAUCUCCUGCACAGCUUCUGACCGUGCCGACGAGAUGCCAAAGACAGACCCCGACCAUGCCACUCUAGGGCGAGUCGCAGACCAUAUUAUGUACGUCGGUAACCUUAUAGGUUUCGAGCACGUCGGUAUAGGUAGUGAUUUUGACGGCAUUCCGACGGUUCCCAGGGGACUGGAGGAUGUAUCUAAGCUCCCAGACUUGUUCAAAGAACUCUUGAAGCGGGGAGUAAGUGACGAUGAUGCGUCCAAGGUGGCAGGGGGCAAUCUUUUGAGGGUAUGGAAGAGGGUUGAUGAGGUGGCGCUCGAGAUGCAAGCCGGUGGUGCACUUCCUGUGGAGGACUAA